CAAUGCCAUAAAUAUUUAGCUUUCAAAUUCCUGGGACUCUCAAUCUCGGAGCUAGUGUCAGUGCAGUACCGUGGGUAAAAACCGUAAAAUAAUGCCGUGUUUGAUUAUAGAGAAUACAAAGAUAAAUAGAGACGAGAUUAAGCAACAACACAAAGAUGGCUCUCCCUACCCUGCCGUCUUACUGGACAUCGAGAUACAAGAACAUCCAUGAGAGGGCGAUGGUUCAGCGACGGAACCACGAAGAAGAUUUCCGAGAGCAGUGGUCCAGUCGAGCAGAGUACUUCAAGACGAGCGAGGUUCAGAUGACCAAACAGAAUGCCUGGACAUCUGAUCAAAGUUUUCAUGAUAGCAUGGAUGCAUUCAAGUCGAAACAUGACAAAGAGAUAAGAGCUCGUGAACUGAAAGAGAGACGGAGACGACUCCAGCACAUGCUCAGUGAGGAGAGGAGCCAGCUAGAAGCUGAGCUGAGGGGGUUGUCCGGGGAUAACUACGUCAGACUGCAGGAGAUGAAAAGUAGAAGUGAUGAUUUGAAGACCGGCAGGGAGAGCAGUAGGAAACAGAUUGCUGAUGAUAAAAUGUACAACCAUUGGAGGCAAAAUAACCCAGAUCUCAGAAAACUUGAGUCUGACAUGCACAAACGCCAUGUGACCAAUGCAUGGGAAGGGCAGAAGGAAGAGAGGGAGCAGCAGCUGGCUUCAGCCAGGGAGCAGGAGCGGCUCGCGGAGGAGGCCAUGGAGAGCGAGCGGCGGGCGGGGCUGGAGCUGGAUCGGCAGAGGGCGGAGUCUCGUCUGCAGGAGGAGAAGGCCGUGGCAGCGCAACUCAUAGACCAGGUCAAGGAGCUCAAAGAGAGAGAAGUGGAGGCUGUGAGCCUGAAGGACGAGCAGGAUGGGCUGGUUAAACAGCAGUGGGAGCUGGAGAAGCUAGAGGAAGAGAGAAGGGAGCUGGAAGAGCAGAGGAAGAAAGCAGAGUUUGGGCGCGCCCUUGUCAGUCAGUACAAGGCCAAGCUUAGACGCAGAGCCAGGCAGGUCCAAGAAGCUUUGGAACUCGAUCGUAAGAUCCUGGAGUCCAUGGCCAGGAAGCAGGCCGAAGAGGAAGGUAUGAGCGUCCAGAGACGAGAGAAGGCGCAGGCCGACGCUGCCUGGAUGAAACAAGUCAUUGAGGAUCAGCUUAAACUAGAGAAGGCUAGGGAGGGUGAACUAGAUUCAUUAUUCAAGGAGGAAGCAGCACGUCAGUGGUCCAAGAGAGAGGCAGAAUGGGAGAAGGAGCGAGUGGCUCGAGAGAGACUUAUGGGAGAGGUUAUGCAAGGAAGGCAGGAGCAACUCCACGACCAGGUGGAGGAGAAUAGGAAGAGGCAGGAGGAGUCGUUACAGAGACGGGAGGAGCUGCUGAGAGACAUGGAGGUCGCUCAACAGCUCACACAGAGGGAGAAGGCAGAGGAGGAGAGGAGAAAGGCGUCCACCAGGAGACAGUUUGAAUCACAGAUGACGGAAAGAGAGUCGAGGAAGAAGGAGACCAAAUUACGCUUCCAGGAGGAGCUUGAUGCAGAGAAACAGGCAGAAGAAGAUUAUGAAGAGAUGCUGAGAGAGGAGGCAUCUCGCUUGGCACUUGAUGAUUAUGAGCCCAAGUCCUAUCCACGUACCGCAUCCAGACUGAGCAACCGUCCAGAGUCCACCGUACCCAUGUCAUCUAGACCAGGAUCUGCUUUAUCUGGACCAUUUGGAGGGUCUAGACCCAAUUCGAGGCCAGGCUCAAGAGCAGGACCAAAGUCUGGCCCUAGUCCUGGACCUGGAGCAGCACCCAGUGGAUGGCGGAGACCAGGUCCUAUACCUGCCUGGGAGUGAGCAGUGUUGUCAUUUGAUCCAGUAGUACACUGUACUCGUGUGUGUGCAUUUUUUUAAAACAGAAUAUGAAGCAAGUCGUGUGCAAAUUCAUUACUCAGUACAAUAAUUACUGUUAUACCAGAAACUUACAGAAUUGUAAAAUUUAGAUGUCUUAUUGGCGAGAAUACUUUUGCAAAUUGCAAAAUGAUCGUUCUGUCUUUUGAUUCAUUUAUUUCGGGCAUGAAACUAAUGUAAACCUUGACCAAGGUUAAAAGUUACGUGCCGUUAAUAAAUUUCUUGUUUGACAAUUUUUUAGAUCUAUGUGAAUGAAAACAUCAAAUGCUGUAGUACUAGUAAAUGCAUGACAUUAAUAGUUUAGUGGUAUCUGUGUUGUACAGUUGUGAACAAGUACUCUAUCACUUAAAUAUGAUAAAACGAGAGAGUAAUACUAAAAUUGUAUGGAGUUAACUCAUAUUAAACAUAAGGAAAACCUAGCCCUUGAAAACCUUGUAAGAUUUUCAUGGGUUUUAGUCUCUUUUCAAAGUACUAAACAUGUUUGCCAGUCAGUACAACAGGGUAUGUGUGAUGUUGAGUGAAGAUCUAUGAUCCAUUUUAGUUUGAAGUAAAAUGUAUUGUACGUGCAUAGAAUAGGUACGUUAAUCAUGUGAAUAUGAUGCUGCGAAGCUCCCUGCUCUUAUUUCUAUACACAUGUACAUGUACAUGUGUAUGGAUGAUAAGAGUUGACAGUAUUUCUAAAUCGAAAGCCUUGUUCAGAUACGCCACAGUAAACUGCAGCAUUUAAUUUUUGGAUGACGCAAGUGUAAUACGAUUUACAUUAUACUGUGUCUUUUAAUAUAAAGCUCAGUAAAUAUUCAUUUCUUAAUUAUUUUUUGGUAUGCUUCACAUUUUAUAUAUCUUUUAACAGAGAGCUCAGUAAAUAUG